AAUAACCAUCUGACCAUCUGCGAUGGCUGAUAGCUUAUAAUUUCUCCCCUUUUUAUUGAAUCUGAUGAUUUAUGUAUCUGUCAAACAGUUCAUUGCUACUGCACGAUAUAGAUUUAAACUCAGAUCACCACUUGAGAGCUCUAAAGAGAUAAGGUACCGUUUUUUUGGAUUCUUCAAUCGGCGAGAAUUUGCCUUCAUAACCGGGCAAGUCAUGGGAGACAAUCAGCUGACCGAUUCUGGAGCCACUCUCGUCGCAGUUUGUCAGAUGAACUCCACCAGUGAUGUAGAACGUAACCUGGGAAUUUGCAAAGAUUUGAUAAACAAAGCCAAGUCCAGAGGGGCCAAGGUUGUGUUUCUUCCUGAAUGUUUUGACUAUGUGGGAGAAAACAGUGAACAAUCUUUGUCAAUGGCAGAACCACUGGAAAGUACAAGAAUGCAAAGUUUAUGUGAAUUAGCGAAAGAACUGGGUGUGUGGCUCUCUCUUGGUGGAUACCAUGAAAAGGGCCCACCAGAUGACAAGAGGCUGCGUAACUCCCAUGUCAUUGUUAAUGACCACGGCUCCAUAGUUGCAGUGUAUCGUAAAAUACAUCUGUUUGAUAUUGAUGUAAAAGAUGGACCCAGGCUUAAGGAGAGUGACACCUGUAUCCCUGGUGACCAGAUAGUACCACCUGUGCCCACCCCUGUGGGGAAUGUUGGCCUGGCCAUUUGUUAUGAUGUACGUUUUCCAGAGCUGUCCCUUAUUUUAGCCCAGCAGGGAGCCGACAUCUUAACAUUCCCAUCAGCAUUUACUCAGAUCACCCGAUCAGCACACUGGGAGGUUUGUACAAAUAAUGUUUACUGACUAUGCCUUUUAUCAGAGGUCUCCAAAUCUAACAAACUCUAAAUUGCAGUAACAGAAACAAGCUACUUUUCUCUGAUAGCUAGAUAGAUAGUGGAAGCAAAAUUUCAAAUUCAAACUUGUUGUACCCGGCAAAGAUUUAGAUAAGACGGACGUUUAAUUCUGAAUCUUUGCUAUCUUUUUUCGAAAGGAUGGCUGACUUUUAAGUA